AUGGCCCCGCCGCCCCUCGCUCUCGUGUUGUACGGCGACCCAGAGCACAGAUAUGCGCCCGUGGGCGAUUUCUUUUACAGCGCGGAGGCCAAGGAGCUCGUCAGUCGGGCCCUCGGGGCGAGUAGCGCCGAGGUCGACUCGCUGUACUGCCCGCGCGCGCUCGAGCCGGUCGCGCAGAGCGACGCGGACGCCGCCUUUGGUCGGUCCGACGCCUGCGCGGACUGCCCGCGCUGCGGCACGACGCUGCGUGCGGUGCGCGACGGCACGUGGCACUACGCGUGCGCGUCGUGCGCGUGGACGUCGAGGGCCGUCGACCUGGAGGACGGCGAGGACGACCUCCACCUCGCGAUGAAGCUGGCGCAGCGCGAGGCCGAGGCGCCGCGGGCCGCGGCCUUCGCGGCGGCGCUGGCGCGGCUGCGGGCCUCCGGCUUCGGCGGCGCGGGCGCGGAGGGCGCGUCGCGCGACGACGACGCCGAGGCGCGGGCGCUGCGCGACCCGCUGCCGGAGCCGCUGGAGGCGCGCCUGCGGCAGCCCCUCGCGCCGGACGCCCGCCAGCGUUUGGCGCCGACUCGGCCGCAGCUGCGGGCCGCGGUCACGCGCCGCCGCGUCGCCGACGUGGAGGCGGGCCGCGCGGGCAUCCUCCGCAAGCCGCGGCCGCACCCGCUCGACGGCGACUCGUCGGCGGGCGGCGCGGGCGGCCGGCACCGCAAGGACGCGUCCGCGCACCGGACGGUCGGCGGCCGGCGUCCGCCUCCCCCCCCUCGGAGCCCGGGACGUCGCGAGCGCCGUCGACGCGGCCGUCGCACGCAGGUGCCGACGCUGGCGUUCGCGCGGGCGCCGCGCUGGCGGCGCGACGGCGCGGCCGUGGCCUACGAGGUCGUCCUCUUCGUGCGGAACCCGUCGCCCGACGACGCGAUGACGGUAACCAUCCGCCCGCGGCCGCUGCCGGGGCGGAGGCACCUCGUGGCCGACUUCCGCGCGACGCGGUGGCGCGAGGCGUCCCGGGCGUCGACGGCGGCCGUCGAGGUGGCGCUCGCGCCGCGCGACGAGUUCGCCGUGGAUUUGGAACCGGACGCACGGGCGCUGCGCGCGCUCGUCGACGGCGCCCCGAGCGGAUUCGAGGGCGUCCUCGCGGCGACGGGCGCCCGCGCGACGGUCCGGCUCCUGUGUCGCGCGGACGGGGCGGUCGCCGCGGGCGGCGACUGGCACGCCGCGGCGGCGCGCACGUGCGCCGCCCCGAUCGACCGCGUCGCGCUCGGGUUGGCCGUGUCGUGUCGGGUCGCCUCCUUCGGGGCGGCCGUCGUCUUGCCAUGGCCCGGCGGCCUCGCGUCCGAGGCGUGGGAGGUCGCCCGGGGGUGUGCCUGCGUUUUCUGAGCAGACCACCGACGCGACACCCAAUUCCCGGCGCGGGGGCUGCGACGCGAUCAGCGCGUACCCGCAUGAAUAAAUUGUUUACCUGUGCGCCGACGCGGUUUCGUGAAGCGCCGACGCGCAGACCUCGCUGCCAGUGGC